CUGGUCUCCCAUGAGCAGAUGAUGUACUGGAUCGCCCACACCGACGCGAACCUCACCUUUGUUGGAGAUACUGUCAACCCUCUGACUCCUCGGUCUGCUCAAGACACCACGGUCACGUAUUGCAACCGCCGCACCAACGACGUCUGUGGGGGCGAUUGCACCGUUUACACAGGCAAUGCCAAGUGCCUUAACGCACCCGAUACGCAGUGCCUCUCUGCAACGACCAACGUCGGGUUCUGCGACCGCGGAGGGUGCGGGCAUAGCUGCAAUCAGCUGUCCACUUGCGGCACACGCCUGGACGACGGCUUCUGCUUCACCCCCGGAACGGCGUCCAUUCUAGUGCCCUCCACCUAA